AAUAACAAAAAAAAUUAACAAAAGAGAAGAGAAGAAGAAGAGAAAGAUUUGAGUGUUGCUUUUUAAUGGCAACCUUUGCUUCUCUUCUCUCUUCUUCUCUUCCUCUUCCUCAUCAACUCCGACGACCUAACCACCGUAGCUCCGCCGCCUCUUUUUCACUAUCCUUCCCUUUCUCUCCGCUUUCUUCUGUCACUAUUACCUCAAAAAACCUCAGAAGACCCGCCACUCAAACCCUAAUUGUUGCCUGUUCCGGUAAUUCUGCUGAUUUUUUGUCUAAUUGGAAUUCUGGAUCUUCCUCUGAUAAGAAAUCAUUUCUCUCGGAUUUGAUACAAGAGAUAGAACCAUUAGAUGUGAGCCUCAUUCAGAGAGAUGUUCCACCUACUACCCUGGAUGCUAUGAAGAGGACUAUCUCUGGCAUGCUGGGCUUACUUCCAUCUGAUCGAUUUAAAGUCUUUAUUGAGGCUUUGUGGGAUCCUCUCUCCAAGUUAUUAAUAUCUUCAAUGAUGACUGGGUAUACAUUGCGGAAUGCUGAGUAUAGGCUUUGCCUUGAAAGAAACCUUGAUGUAUAUGAUGGAACUAUAGAAAGUCAAACACCAGGAAAUUCGAAUCUUGAUUUGCAUGGGGAAGAAGUAGACAGUGCAAAAACAAAUCACUAUAACGGAAAAAAUGACAAUUUUGAAAGAAUUGCCGAAAACUUGUCUGAUAACGCUGGUAUGGAAGGCCUUGGUGAAAUGUCUCCUGAAGCUCAACAAUUUAUCCUUCACUUGCAGUCUCGUUUGGCUUCUGUGAAAAAGGAACUCCAUGAAGUCAAGAGAAAAAGUGAUGCUCUUCAAAUGCAACAGUUUGUUGGUGAAGAAAAGAAUGAUUUGUUGGACUACUUAAGAUCUCUGCAACCAGAAAAGGUAGCCGAGUUAUCAGAACCUACAUCUCCAGAAUUGAAAGAAGUAAUCCACUCUGUAGUCCACGGUCUCCUUGCAACUCUUUCUCCUAGGAUGCAUUCCAAAGCUCCACCUCAAUCGGAGAACUCAUCAGGCGGGACUCGAAAUAUUGGAAAUGAAGAUUGCGCUGAACUUCUUGAGAACACGCUCCAUUUUCAGCCGCUGAUUUCUUUGACGAGGGAUUAUCUGGCACGUCUACUCUUCUGGUGUAUGCUUUUGGGACACUACCUACGAGGUCUUGAGUAUCGGAUGGAGCUGAGGGAACUAUUAUCCUUAACAAGCAACGAGGAAUACGAUGGCUGUGGAGAUGAAAAAGUUGCUUAAGGCUAAAGGUAUCCGACUUAAAAUGCUUCCAUCAGUACAUAGAAGUAAUUGGAUGUGUAUACAGAUGAUGUUUUUCAACAAGACGAUGCUUGAAGAGAGAUUCUUAAUUAUUUAUUUGCGGUUGGAUAGGUUAUUUGUGUGUAAAAGAUUACUUCUCACGUUUGUUGUAAGAAUACUUCAAAUGUGGCUUUUAUUGUUUAAUACUAAUUAUUAAAGAAAAAGAGAGACUAGUAUGUGCUGGCAGUGUAAUCUAGUUGAGUUGACAUGUGAAUAUUUAUAAGAUAACGAAGAAGUCGAGUAGAGUUCGAGUUUUAA